CAUUGAUCCUAAUCAUUCUUCUGUCAUCGGUUUGAAUAAUUACGCGUUUUCCACGGGGUUAGGCGGUGGUGGUGGUUGUGCAAUCGAGGGGAUAAGCUCCGCCAUGAACGCUCAUCAUCAUGGUAGUAGUAACAUUGCUUCUUCUAUUGAGUCGUUGAGUUCUAUGAACCAGGACUUGCACUGGAAGCUACAACAGCAAAGGUUGGCCAUGCUUUUUGGCGGUGGUGGCAGCGGAGAUGAUGUCAACAAUAAUCAACAAAAAGACGUUGCUGGUGGCGGCGGCGGCGGCGAACUCGAGAAGCCGCAACCGAUUUUGUUUCAGAAUCUUGACAGUUCUUCAAUCAACAGAAAAGAAGAAAAUUCCGUAACUGCCCCAACUGAGUGGUUCUUUGGAAACUCUUAUCCCUCGGUGAAUCCUACACCAACCACAAGUACCGGCGGUGGCAGCGGCGGCGGCGGUGCCGCCGGCAAUGAUAACGGAAUGAAUUGGGUUGGUGUUGGUUGGGGUGACGUGCAGCAUCAAUACAGUGCUUUGCCCUAGCUAGCCAGCUCUUUGUUCAGAGGAAAAUGGAAAUCAAAUUAAUUAAGAGGUAGACUUUUUUUUUCUUUUAAUAUUUUUUUUCUACUAUCUUGGAAGAAAUUAUUAAUAGGUUGACUGUGAUAAUUGUCUUAAAUUAAAUUAUUAAACUCCUUUAGCUA